CCCAUCUCCUCCUCCUUCUUCUCCAUCUUCGUCUUCUUCCUCGCGCUCUGCAACUCCAGGGCUGGAGGAUGGGUUGAAGCAGCAAGGCGCGCCGUCGGGUAUCGUCGUAUCCUUAUGCGCUGGCGUCGCCACGAGAUUGCUCGUGAAGAAGUCUGUUCUUGCUUCCUCUACAUAGCACGACCUUUACGUCUUGUGCUUAAAAGUAGCUGCUGUGCGGGUUCUGUUGAUACUGCUAUUUGCUACCGCAGAGAGUUUAACACACAGGCUUGGUCAGAAUCGCAUAGUGGGAGGCUUUCUAACCACAGUCAAGCCGUAAAUCUUCCAUCUAGAAGGGAGUUGAGCAAUCUGGGCUGUACUCUGAAGGCUGCGCGUGAUGGACCGGACUCUGUUCUCAAAGCGGAUUGUUUACAGCACUGGUUCAAAGAUUGGCAAGAACUAAGGAGAAAUAAGCUCACAGCAAGCACCUUUAGUUCAGCGAUUGGUUUUUGGCGUAAGCGAAGAGUCCAGCUCUGGUUAGAAAAACUUGGCUUGAUUGAGCCAUUUUCUGGUAACCUGGCUACCUGUUGGAAUAAUAUAAAGGAAAAGGAGGCGCUUGAGAGGUACAGGCUUAUCACUGGAAAUGACGUCGAGUUACCUCAGUUUCAAGUUUAUGGAAACAAUAAUUCCGAAGACAGUUGGCUUGCUGCUUCACCGGAUGGAGUAGUUGAGCAAUUUGUUUAUGGAUUGCCCUGCAAUGGAGUUUUGGAGAUCAAGUGCCCAUUCUUCAAUGGAGAUAUGAAUAGAGCUUCUCCAUGGUCUCGGAUUCAUCUAAAUUACAUUCCUCAAGUGCAAGGUUUGAUGGAAAUUUUGGACAAGGAUUGGAUGGAUUUCUAUGUAUGGACUCCCAGAGGCAGCAGUCUUUUCAGAAUAUACCGUGAUAAGGAAUACUGGGAUCUUUUGAAGCUUGCUCUUUCUGAUUUCUGGUGGAAGCAUGUGCAGCCAGCAAAGGAACUGUGUAGUAAAUGUGAGAUAACUGAUCCCCUAUAUCAACUAAGAUCAUUUCGACCAGCACCGAGGCAUGAAUUAUGCAGUCGUAUUGUCUGUGAAAGCAAACGCAUUGUGGACUCAUCCCAACUAUUGGUUUAUGAAAUUCAUGGGAGACUCCAAAAUUGACAUCUGGACAGCCAUAAAAUGUAUUAUAGAAACGUUUGGUUGGUGUGGCUUAAUAUGGUUGAACAUCAUCUCAUACAUAGUGGAAGAUUUGAUCAGAAAUUUAAGAUAUAGAAGCAUAUGUGAACUUCAUGUUUCUGGACUAUAUAGUGAAGCAAUCUAUGCAGAAUGCAGGGUAAAGCUUCAGACUUUUCCUUUCACUGGACCUAAAAUGCUGGAGCCUAUCACACCAAAACGCUGAUUUGAGUGUAUAAAACUUCUUGACUGAGAGCAUGGAAAUCAGUGGCUCCCCUCAUUUAAGAGCAAAUCAGCAAAACCCGGUUUUGCUUCCUUCCCCAGUCAAAAGCCAGUUGACUAUGGUCCAGGCUGUGCACCAGUUUACCUCAGUGUGUAUGAUCAGACCGAUAUGUUUCCUGGCUUGGACUUGGCAUCUUUGACUCUGGUGUAGAGGUUCAUGGUGAGGAAUAUGCAUUUUGAGACCAUGACUAUCGGGUUGAACCUUGGCAAUCCCCAGCUUCAAGUCUAUCAAGUUUAGAAAAUCAAUAUUCAUCAGGACAUCCCCUUGGACCCUACUCAGGUUAGGGAGUUAAUGGAAAACCAUGCGAUAAGCCACAAUGGUGAUGUCACUCGACUUUAAGAAUUACAACCACUUCUGCAAUGAUGUUUGUUACAAGCUGGCGGGAAAAAUGAUUCCAAAAUGGGUCAUCUGGCUACCAAAAAUAGGUUCUGCUAGCAACUUACUUCCCGAUGCCCUUAAUGUCACUGCAAUACGUCAUGACCCUAUCUGCCAAUUAUGCGAAAGUGAGAAGUGGAGGUCAAGAAACAACUUCAGUUGCCUGUCUUCGGUAUUGAUAAGGCAGAAGCAGGUUCCCCAUUCUCAUUAUUGUUUUAUUCUUCCUAGGGAGGCUGUCCACUGCCACUCAUCAAAAGGUCUAACAAUGUCUCCUUGAAGGAACGAUGUGAGAAUGCCAGGGCUGAAACUGCAGUGUGAGUAAUCACGAAGCUCUGGGAUGUUCAGUAUCUGAUUUUGUGUAUAAGCUCAAGCACUGUGGCUUCUCAUAUUAUGCUGCUCUGGUUAGAAAAGAAGCUUGUUGCCAAAUUGUUGGACAUGUCUAAGAAAUCCCUAAUUCUAUGCAGAAGGCAAUCAUGUGAAUUCAGAGAGAGUAACCUGUAUACAGUUGGUGAUUCUAUGAAUAAGCGGGGUGCUUGUUCCCUAGGUUUUCCGUACCAAGCUCUUGUAAAGCAUGUGCUAACAUGCUUUGUGCCAAUGGAAUAAGAAAGGAUUCUGCAUGGCCA